GCCUCCUGUUUUAGAUCCGCCAUUAAUAGCCUCCAUUAUCGCUGAACCUUAGCUUGGAGAGCACGCGAGCUCCGAUCGCCAAUGGCGGCGGGGGGCGGUGGCGGGAUGACGUGGCAGGAGGAGCUGGCGAGCUUGGUGGAGGAGACGGGGGUCCGGUACCCCGCCGCCGCCGCGGCGGAGGAUGACGAGCCGAGAGAUCUCAGAAAGAGGAUCGUUGGUGAUGGGUCUGAGGAUGGGGUAAUGGCGGAGGAGAGCUUUAAGGAUCAGGUCAAGGGAUUUCUCAAGGCCACUGGAGAGAUGAUGCAUGAGCUGGGAAAGGGGUGUAGAGAUAUAGUUGAACAGAGUCUUGUUGGGGUAGAGGAUUCGUAUGUGGCGAGGAAGCUUAGAGGGCCGUGUGAAAUGGUGGCGGUUCGGUUGAGUUUCUUGAAUGAGUUCUUGCCUGAGGACCGUGAUCCGAUGCGGUGCUGGAUGGUCGUCGUCCUUGUUCUUCUCCUCUCGCUCUCUGCUAUGAAUGUAAAUACUGGAAGUCAAAAUUUAGUCACCAACCAAAAACAACUGUACAUACAUCCUCCCAGUGCUGCUCGUAUUCAGCUACCAGAUGGGAGAUACAUGGCGUACCAUGAACAAGGUGUUCCGGCUGAAACAGCUAGGUUUUCCUUGAUCGCACCACAUUCUUUCCUUUCAUCUCGAUUGGCAGGAAUUCCUGGGAUCAAAGCAUCUUUGUUGGAGGAAUUUAGGGUCCGUUUGAUAACCUAUGAUCUUCCUGGGUUUGGUGAAAGUGAUCCUCACCCUGGUAGGAACCUUAACACGUCUGCAAUGGAUAUGUUGUCCUUAGCAAAUGCUGUUGGGGUUCAGGAGAAGUUCUGGGUGUUGGGAUAUUCAGCUGGAGGAAUUCAUGCAUGGGCUGCUCUUCGAUAUAUUCCUCAUAAAAUUGCAGGUGCAGCCAUGUUUGCUCCAAUGGGAAAUCCAUAUGAAUCUGAAAUGACUAGGGAAGAAAGAUAUAAAACAUGGGAGAAGUGGACAACCAAAAGGAAAUUGAUGUAUAUCUUAGCAAGGAGGUUUCCUUCUUUUCUUCCCUACUUUUAUCGAAGAAGUUUUCUAUCUGGGAUGCAUGGUCAGCCUGAGAAGUGGCUAUCAUUGUCACUAGGAAAAAAGGACAAAGCUCUGAUAGAAAACCAGAUUUUCAGAGAAUUCUGGGAGAGGGAUGUGGAGGAAUCUGUCAGACAGAGAGACACAAAACCAUUUGUGGAGGAAGCUGUAUUGCAGGUCUCAAGAUGGGGUUUCAGUUUAGCUGAUCUUCAGGUGCAGAAGCAUGAUGGAAAGGGCUUUGUUUCAUGGCUCAAAUCUCUAUUCAAUCCAACUGAACGUGAAUGGGCAGGCUUCCAAGGCCCUAUACACAUUUGGCAGGGAACGGAUGAUCGGGUGGUGCCACAAUCAAUGACUGAAUUCGUAAGGAAGGUUGUCCCUGGCGCCACCAUGCAUAGGCUGCUUGGAGAAGGGCACUUCUCCUACUUCUGUUUCUGCGAUGAAUGCCAUCGGCAAAUAUUCUCCACCCUUUUUGGCAUUCCCGAAGGUCCUCUCAGCACGGCCUUCAAUGACGACGAGAACAUUGAGGAUGCCGAGGAUAUUGAAACACCAUCUGAACAGAAUUGUGAAGAAAUAUCAGAUAAUCAUACUGAGCAGAAUGAAUUGUCCUGAC